CGUUUGUUCUAGCUGUCUCUCACAUUCUCUGUGAACUAAAGUAAAAUAGCAAAGCGAAAAUGCAGUACAACAACUUGGGGAGAUCGGGGCUGAAGGUGAGCCAGCUCUCGUACGGAGCGUGGGUGAGCUUCGGGAACCAGCUCGACGUCAAGGAGGCGAAGACGCUGCUCCAGUGCUGCCGCGACCACGGCGUCAACUUCUUCGAUAAUGCCGAGGUCUACGCCAAUGGCCGCGCCGAGGAGAUUAUGGGCCAAGCCAUUCGGGAGCUCGGGUGGAAGCGCUCCGAUAUCGUCGUUUCCACCAAGAUCUUCUGGGGCGGUUCGGGCCCCAACGACAAGGGUCUCUCCAGGAAGCACGUCGUCGAGGGGACCAAGGCCUCCCUCAAGCGCCUCGACAUGGACUAUAUCGAUGUCGUUUAUUGCCACCGCCCAGACUCAUCCACGCCGAUUGAGGAGACCGUGAGGGCAAUGAACUACGUGAUCGAUAAGGGCUGGGCAUUCUACUGGGGGACUAGCGAGUGGUCCGCCCAGCAGAUCACAGAGGCUUGGGGGAUCGCCGAGAGGUUGGAUUUAGUGGGGCCGAUCGUCGAGCAGCCUGAGUAUAAUUUAUUGUCCCGUCACAAGGUUGAGUCUGAGUACGUUCCUCUGUACGCCAACUACGGCCUGGGUCUUACCACAUGGAGCCCACUUGCUUCUGGAGUGCUCACUGGAAAAUACAACAAGAAAGUUGUACCCCCCGAUAGCCGGUUUGCAUUGGAAAAUUACAAGAAUCUGGCUAAUAGGUCAUUGGUUGAUGACGUGCUGAAAAAAGUUGAAGGUCUGAAGCCAAUUGCUGAUGAACUUGGAGUUCCAUUAUCUCAGCUUGCAAUUGCAUGGUGUGCUGUGAAUCCGAAUGUUUCUUCUGUUAUUACUGGAGCAACAAAGGAAUCUCAGAUUCAAGAGAACAUGAAAGCCAUUGAUGUCAUCCCACUGCUGACUCCAGCCGUGAUGGAAAGGAUUGAGGCUGUUGUUCAAAGCAAGCCAAAGCGUCCAGAUUCAUAUAGGUGAAACAAUAUAAUCCAACAGCUCCUUUUUUCUGCACAUUGCGUUGGUAGACUCCAUCGUUCCAGAUUCAUCCCCCGUUGCUUAGUUUCUCAUCGUCAAAAAAAAAAAAAAAAAAAAAAGAAAAAAAAAAAGGAAAAGUACUCCAGUUACUUAGUUCUUGUUUUUCUGAACAACUCUGAGAUUUCAUGCAUACCUUGUUUUUUUUCCUCUUUCGGUUUGUUUUUAGGUGUUGGGUGCAAAAUAUAUUUGUUGCUAAAAGCACUGUCUUGAUUAUUUCUUUCUACGUUUGUUUUUUUUGGAUUAAUGUUUUUGUCAUAUAUAGCCACUGUGUUGAUUGUUGGAGCCUGAAGGCAAUAGAAUUACAGAUUAGUAAUAUGUUAUUUGCAAAUU